AAAACAUGUCCUUAAAAAGAUAUCUUUAAGUUUCUUCUGUUACAUCAGCAUUCCAUCAUGUUUUUUCCGUGCGAAAAUUCCUCAUUUUGUUUGACAUUAUUUUCCUUCUAAACUAAACAAACAAACAAACAACAAAUUCUGUAAUAAAAUUCUUACCUAUAUCUACUUUCUAGGGUUCUUCUUUCUCUCUCUCUCUUUUCUCAUCCAAAUCGAACCAACCCAUUUUUUCAUCUCUGCUAAAUUCCCAACACAGAUCUUCUUCUCCUUCUUCCUUCUCUCACCUCAAUCACUCUCAACAAACUGUUUCAACUUUCUCACAUUCAUUUUCAUCAAUUCUUCAUCAUCGAAUCUAUAAUUUUUUAGCGUUUUUCUUCCUUCGUUUUUAUGGUGGAUAUGGAUGGAUUUGGUGGAGGUGGGGGUGGUGGUGAUAUUGGUGGAGGAGGUCCUAAUACUGGAGAUCUUAGGCAAUUGGGUCAUGUUCCUACAGGAGGUGCUGUUUUUGAUGCAUCACAAUAUGCAUUCUUUGGUAAAGAUGCUGUUCAGGAAGUUGAGUUGGGAGGGUUAGAAGAUGAUGCCCAUUUGCCAACUUUUGAGUCUAAUGAGGAGGAAUUCUUUUUUAAUAGAGAACAGGACGAGGAUGUAAGAUCUCUUUCCGAUAUUGAUGAUCUUACAACCACCUUUUGGAAGUUGAACAAGGUUGUCAGUGGACCAAGAAACCCAGGUGUUAUUGGUGAACGAGGAUCAAGAGAAAACUCUACAUCUGAUUUGGCACAAAGAGACGAUGUUCAUACCUGGUUUGAUCAGAAUGCUUAUGAUAGUGAAGGUUCAAUUGAUGGAAAAAGAUGGUCAUCACAGCCCCAAUCUUCUCUUGCCCAUUUACAAAACUCAAAGUCCUUGUACAGAACAUCUUCAUAUCCUGAGCAGCUAAGGCAGGAUCAAAACUACCACCUCCAACAUUGCUCCAGUGAGCCGGUUCACAACUGGCUUGAUCAGCAUAUUUAUGAUAUUGAAACAGCUCAUGAUGACAAACGAUGGUCAUCUCAGCCACAUAACUCCAUUCCACACUUACAUGAAUCAACAUCCUUGUACAGAACAUCUUCAUAUCCCGACAAACAACAGGAGCUUACUCGUUUUUCUAGUGAGCCAAUAUUGGUACAGAAGUCUUCGUUCACUUCUUAUCCUCCGCCGGGUGGUCGAUCUCAGCAGGGUUCUCCAAGUCAUAGUACAGGCCACUUAAACAUUCCUUAUCACACUGGAACAGCAGCUCAGAUGGCACUAUCAUCUCAAAAUCGUUCACAUUUCUCCAAUUCUGCACUACAGUUGAGUGGAUUAAGCCUUGGGUCACAUUUUGGUGGAAACACACGCCAAUUUCCAACUGCUUCCUCCCCUCUUAGUCAACGAAUACAGAACCAACUGGUCAACCAAGGAGGGUUAUAUCCAGGAGAUCGUUCCAACCUCCUUAGUAAUAUGUUGCAGCAACAGUUACACCUUCAUAGUGGAUCAGUUUCUCCUCACUUGAUGACUCAAUUGCAACAGCAACAGCAUAGAGUCCAUCAUCCUGUUCAGCAAUCUGCAGGCUACUUGUCUGGUUUCCAGUCCCAUUUAUUUAAUCCCCACCUUUCCUCCAGCUCCUCUGGCAGUAGCAAGUAUGAUCACAGACCGAAAUCAACUCAAAAAGGUAAACAUAGUCAUCGUUUAUCGCAUCAAGGUUCUGAUGCCAGUAGCCAGAAGAGUGAAAGCAGUUCAUUACAGUUUCGGUCCAAGUAUAUGACGAGUGAUGAAAUUGAGAGUAUUCUUAGAAUGCAGCUUGCUGUCACUCAUAGUAAUGAUCCAUACAUAGAUGACUAUUACCACCAAGGUCGUCUUGCGAAAAAACCUUCCGUGGUUAAGUUAAAACAUCCGUUCUGCCCAACCCAAAUAAAGGAUCUUCCUUCACGAACACGUUCUAGUAAUGAUCCACAUGCAUUUCUUCAGGUUGAUUCCCUAGGGAGGGUUUCAUUUUCGUCUAUUCGUCGACCUCGCCCUCUUCUUGAGGUUGAUCCUCCAAUCUCUUCUGUUCCUGGUAGCUCCGAGCUGAAGAUUUCAGAGAAGCCUCUUGAACAGGAGCCUACAUUUGCUGCCAGAGUCACAAUUGAGGACGGUCUUUGUCUUCUUCUUGAUGUAGAUGAUAUUGAUCGUUUCUUACAGUCUAAUCAGCCACAAGAUGGUGGAACGCAAUUAAGACGAAGAAGGCAGGUCCUGUUAGAAGGACUAGCUACUUCACUUAAACUGGUUGACCCGCUGGGAAAGAAUGGGCACAAGGUUGGACUUGCAGCUAAGGAUGACAUUGUUUUCUUACGGAUAGUAUCUGUCCCUAAGGGACGCAAGCUCCUUGCGAAAUAUCUUCAAUUGCUUCUUCCUGGUAGUGAGCUCAUGCGGAUAGUGUGCAUGACCGUCCUUCGGCAUUUAAGAUUCUUAUUUGGUGGGCUCCCCUCAGAUCCGGCAGCUGCAGUGACUACAUGCAGACUUGCUGAGGUUGUUUGCCAAUGUGUCCGAGGAAUGGAUCUUGGUGCUCUUAGUGCCUGUCUUGCUGCAGUUGUUUGUUCUGCAGAGCAUCCUCCUCUACGCCCUGUUGGAAGCACUGCUGGAGAUGGUGCUUCCCUUAUUUUGGUAUCUGUUCUUCAGAGGGCUACCGAGCUUCUAACCGAUCCACAUGCAGCCUGCAACUAUAAGAUGGGUAAUCGUUCGUUUUGGCAGGCCUCAUUUGAUGAAUUCUUUGGCCUUCUUACUAAGUAUUGCAUGAAUAAAUUCCAGAGUAUCAUGCAGUCCCUGCAUAUACCAAAUUCACCAAAUGUGGAUGACAUUGGAUCAGAUGCUGCUAAAGCUAUUAGUACAGAAAUGCCUGUUGAACUCUUGCGUGCAAGCCUCCCUCACACUGAUGACCGCCAAAGGAAGUUAUUACUGGACUUUGCUCAGCGAUCUGUUCCCGUGGUUGGAUUUAACAGUAAUUCUGGGGGAAGCGGAGGUCUUGUGAAUUCAGAGACAGUGCUAAGUUGAAAGAUAGCUUUAAGAGAAGUUCUCCAUAAUGGUUUUUGGGUUGAAAAGUCAUGUCAAAUAUCAUAAGGACAACCCUUCAUCUGUUCAAAUACAUUUAGUGCUCAAGUACUUCUGGAGCAAAUCUUAAAUGGAAGUGUAUCUAUAUGAUGGAUGGAGGCUUCUUCCUCACUCUUAAUUUUCUACUAGUUGUCAUGAUGCAGAGAAAAUGUGCAGCAUCGUGAAACAAAUAUAUGAUCAGGCCCUUUAUUUUAUGAUGUGCUUGGCUUGAUUUGUUCCUCUUGUCUUUUAUUUUUCUCUUGACAAGGGAGCUUAUUUUUAUUUUGUUACUAUGUGUGGCUGGUAGGAACAGAAUAGUUUUUAGUAUGUACAGGUUUAGGUAAUAUAUGAUUCCCAUGUUUCCUUUCUUAUUAUUAUAUAUAGAAGGGUGAAAAAGGGUGGGUUGUACUUGCGUCGUAUCUGUCAGAGAACUGUUCUAUUCAAAAAAUGGUAUGGGCUAUUGGCAAUGUGUAAACUUCGCAAAGAAACAGGUUGACAAUUUAGCAUGCUGAACUCAAAGGAACACUGUAGUAAAAAAUAAGUUAUGUUGAACCUGCUGCAUAAUUUUAUCUUUUUCUUAUGAUACAUAUUACAAUUGUCAA